UGUUGGUCGAAGAGAAAGAGAGGAAGAAGAGCAGAGCGAUUUGUUGAUUACUCUUUUCUUUUUUAUCUCAACAAAAGAAGCAAAAGUGUCAUCUUUUGGAUCAAUUUCUCAGAAGAAGGAGUGAAUCUUAGGGUUUAAAAUUAUUCUCAGGAAAACAAUUCGUUCCGUUAACAAACUAAACCAGAGAGAGAGAGAGAGAGAGUAUCGCUGUCUUGUUGUCUCCAUUGACCUCGUUCUUAUUCCCGAGAAGCUCUCUCUCCUGUUUCGAGGAAGUAUGCAUGACGGAUUUGAGAAAUUAGGGUUUAUGAUGAAGCUCCAAAGGAUCCAAAAUUUCUGAUUUUGAGGUGUUGGGUUUGUCCAGUUCCGGUGAUACAUUGUUGGGUUUGAUUUGAAUUAUAUAAAGGGAAUGAUGUUAUCGGCGUCGCCGAACACGUUAGCGAAAAGCUCUCUCGAGGAGAUGCUUGAGUCUCUCCGGCAGAAGGAUGAGUGUGAUCGGCCUAGAGAUGUACCGCCUGCUCUUCCUUCUCGGCCUAAUUCGAGAGCUCGUCUUCCCUCGGCUCGCAGGUCGCUUCCGGCGAAGUUUAAUGUUAGCAGUGUCAUGGAAGAUCAGAAUCAAAACGGGAAGGAAGAGACUGAGCCGGAGAUUAAAGAGGAAGGGAAGAGGAAAGAGAAGGAUUUAGGAGUUAAGAGGAAGAGUUUUGGGAGCAAGAAGAUGAGGACUGGUUAUUUCUCAGAGUCUCCGUAUGUAGUUGAGGAGGAAGGUGUGAAGGUUGUUAGUGCUGCUAAGAUUGGUCCGGUUGAGGAACAGAGACCUGAGUGGAACAAUAAUGUUGAGUAUUUCAUCAACAAGAAACUUCGAGUUUGGUGUCGGGUUGCAAAUGGGGAGUGGCAACUGGGGAAGAUACAGUCCACUUCUGCUGAUACAUCGCUUGUUAUGUUGUCCACUGCAAAUGUUGUGAAAGUGUCUACUGAAGAGCUUUUUCCAGCAAACCCAGAUAUCUUGGAAGGUGUUGAAGACCUUAUACAGCUCAGCUAUUUAAAUGAACCAUCCGUUCUUUAUAACCUUCGUGUCAGAUACUCGCAAGACGUGAUCUAUAGUAAGGCAGGGCCGGUACUGAUUGCGGUCAAUCCCUUCAAGAGUGUCCAAAUUUACGGAAACGAUAUCAUCUCGGCUUAUCAGAAGAAGGCUGUGGAUGCUCCUCAUGUUUAUGCUGUGGCGGAUGCAGCUUAUGACGAGAUGAUGAGAGAAGAGAAGAACCAGUCUAUAAUUAUAAGUGGAGAAAGUGGAGCUGGGAAAACCGAGACUGCCAAGUAUGCAAUGCAGUAUUUGGCAGCUCUUGGUGGAGGUAGCUGUGGAGUAGAGUAUGAGAUCCUUAAGACAACUUCCAUACUCGAAGCUUUUGGGAAUGCUAAAACAUCAAGAAAUGCUAACUCUAGCAGAUUUGGUAAACUCAUAGAGAUUCAUUUUAGUGCAAUGGGAAAGAUAUGUGGAGCCAAACUUGAAACUUUUUUGUUAGAGAAGUCAAGAGUGGCUCAGCUGUUCAAUGGCGAAAGAUCCUACCAUAUAUUUUAUGAGUUGUGUGCAGGUGCUUCCCCAAUUCUGAAAGAGAGAUUGAAGCUUAAAACAGCAAGUGAGUAUACCUACCUGAACCAGAGUGAUUGCUUGACUAUAGACGGUGUUGAUGAUGCUCAGAAAUUUCGCAAACUACUGGAAGCUUUUGACAUUGUUCAAAUCCCUAAAGAGCAUCAAGAGCGUGUAUUUGCACUGCUUGCGGCGGUGUUGUGGCUAGGGAACAUAUCUUUCCGAGUUGCAGACAAUGAAAAUCAUGUGGAGGUGGUAGCAGAUGAAGCUGUCACCAAUGCCGCUAUGUUAAUGGGCUGCAACUUAGAAGAGCUUAUGGUGGUUUUAUCUACCCGUAAACUUCAAGCUGGUGCGGAUUGUAUUGCCAAAAAACUUACAUUGCGCCAGGCAACCGACAUGAGGGAUGGAAUAGCAAAGUUUAUUUAUGAAAGCCUUUUUGAGUGGCUUGUGGAGCAAAUAAACAUUGCACUGGAAGACGGUAAAUCGCGUACUGGGAGAUCUAUAAGCAUCCUUGAUAUAUAUGGGUUUGAGUCAUUUAAGAAUAAUAGCUUCGAACAAUUCUGUAUAAACUAUGCAAAUGAAAGGUUGCAACAACACUUCAACCGUCAUUUAUUUAAACUUGAACAAGAGGAAUAUGAAGAGGAUGGAAUUGAUUGGACCAAGGUCGACUUUGAAGAUAAUCAAGAGUGUUUAGAUCUCAUCGAGAAGAAACCCAUUGGGUUGUUGUCUCUACUAGACGAGGAAUCAAAUUUUCCCAAAGCAACGGAUCUGACCUUUGCCAACAAGCUCAAGCAACACUUGAAGACCAACUCUUGCUUCAAAGGAGAGAGAGGUCGAGCCUUCAGAGUUAAUCAUUAUGCCGGAGAGGUUCUCUAUGAUACAAAUGGGUUCUUGGAAAAGAACAGGGAUCCGUUGCCUGCUGAUCUUAUCCAUCUUUUAUCAUCAUGCGACUGUCAGUUGCUGAAAUUAUUUUCUACUAAAAUGCGUAACAAAUCUCAGAAGCCGCUUCUGCUGUCUGACUCAACAAACCAAACUGUUGGGACAAAGUUUAAGGGUCAACUAUUCAAGUUGAUGAACACGUUAGAGAACACAACCCCGCACUUCAUCAGAUGCAUAAAGCCGAACUCGAAGCAGCUUCCCAGGGUUUAUGAAGAGGACCUCGUCCUACAACAGCUUAGAUGUUGCGGCGUGUUGGAGGUUGUUAGAAUAUCAAGAUCUGGAUAUCCUACUCGUUUGACACAUCAAGAGUUUGCAGGAAGAUAUGGUUUCUUAUUGGCAGACAAAAAGGUCUCUCAGGAUCCUCUGAGCGUAUCAAUCGCUGUUCUGAAACAGUAUGAUGUUCAUCCUGAAAUGUAUCAAGUUGGUUAUACAAAACUGUACCUAAGGACUGGGCAAAUUGGUAUCUUUGAAGAUAGGAGAAAGAAAGUUCUUCAAGGGAUAGUGGGAUUACAAAAGCGUUUCCGUGGUCACUUGUCUCGUGAAUACUUUCAAAGUGUGAGAAACGGAGCAUUGGUGCUUCAGUCAUAUGUACGAGGUGAGAUUGGCCGAAGGAUGUUUGAUAUUGAAGCAAAGCUCCAUGCAGAUUCUGUUACUGAAGCAAGCACAGGAGAGUUGACUGCAGUCAUACACUUGCAGUCUGCUGUUAGAGGAUGGUUAGCUCGAAAACGAUUCAACAGCAUGCAAAGACAGAAAGAAUUACUCAAUGUGAUGACAUUAUCAAAGAAGAGAGCUGGUCUGAGGAUAUCAGAAGACAAGGAGGAGUUCCAAGUUCAACCAUCAGCUAUGUCUGAUCUCCAGAAGCGGGUAUUGGAAUCUGAAACAGCUUUAGUGCAGAAGGAAGAAGAAAACGCAGCGUUGAGAGAGCAGUUGAGACAGUUUGAGGAGAAAUGGUCAGAGUAUGAAAUAAAGAUGAAGUCAAUGGAGGAAACAUGGCAAAAGCAAAUGUCAUCGUUGCAGAUGAGUCUGGCGGCUGCUCGAAAGAGUCUAGACACAGAGAACGUUACAGGCCAAGCAGGAGGGAGACAAGACACAUCGACAUCACCUUUCGGUUAUGAAUCAGAGGACACAACAUCUACUACUGCCACUCCAGGGUUAAGAACUCCCACUACAAACUUCACAAACGGAAACACUCCUGAACUCAGAAGCAGAGAGCUCAACGGAAGUUUGAACGCUGUUAAACAUCUCGCAAGAGAGUUUGAUCAAAGGAGACUCAAUUUUGACGAAGAUGCUAGAGCUAUUGUGGAGGUGAAAGUUGAACCGGAGGCAACUGGGCAGCAACAGCAACAUCCAGAAGAUGAAUUUAGGAGACUGAAGCUAAGAUUUGAGACAUGGAAGAAGGAUUACAAAGCUAGAUUAAGAGAGACUAAAGCAAGACUCCAUAGUGAUAAACGCCGUCACCGGAAAUGGUGGGGCAAAUGAGGAUAAAGCACUCGCUUAGGUUUGUUGUAUUAGUUAGAUUGGGAGCAUUUGUAGAUUCAACUGAGAGAGAGAAAUGUCUUUUGUUCUUUUUAUGUGCAUAGAAGCAAAUAGAGUUUUGUAACUUGAGAGACACAAGAAAGAUUAUGUUUAUAUCAUUUCAAAGGAUCACAUCAAAUCAAGCUCCA